AGUCCUUCUACUUUUGAUCAUCCUCUACAUUCGUCAUAAUCCUAAUAGUGCCAUGUCUGAAUACAUUGCUUCACUUGUUCAAAAGGGUUAUGAUCAAGGAAAAGCCCUCCUUGAAAAUUAUGGUGUAAUCCAAAAACCUGUUCAACCAAAUACUCAUGAUGCCAUUCGUGACUUUAUCACCAAUCAUCCAUACAUCACAACAAGUAUUGUUACCUCAACAUUGUAUAGCACUGCCAAGUUUGCGAUCGGCCAAUUAAAGAAGAGAGUUGCUGCUAAUACCAUCUUGGAAAUUGAUUUGGAAGAUGUUGAAUUUACUCCUCAACCUGUUGCACCAUCAUUGUCCCAAAUUCUUUCUCCUGGUAAAUUCAAGAUGAAUUAUCUUACAUUUAUUCAAACUUUGAAAGCUGCCAAUCAAAAUCCAAAAAUUUCUGGAUUGAUUUUAUACUUACCAGGAUCAAGUCAUAAUCCAUUCGAAGGUUUAGCUUUGGCUCAUAUUUAUGAAAUGAGAAAGGCUUUAUUCGAAUUCAAAGGUCAAAAGAUUGCUCAUGCUGACAUGUUCAAUUCAUCUAUUUCUUAUUAUUUUGCUACUGCUUGUGAUAAGAUUUUCAUGACUGAUAAUGGUCUUCUUAUUUUGAAUGGAUUCCAAUUACGUAAUUUCUUCUUUAAACAAUUGUUGGAUAAGAUUGAGGUCGAACCUUUUGUUGUAAAGAGAGCUGAAUAUAAAUCAGCAAUGAAUCCAUUCACCGAAGAAAAGUAUACUGAACAUCAUCGUGAACAAGUGGAAACUCUUGCUAAGGAAUUAUUCGAUACCUUUGUCUCUGAUAUUGCUCAAACAAGAGAAAAGAAUGCGGAAAGUGUUAGAGAAUGGUUUGAUAUUGGAAUUUUUGGACCUAAGGAUUCCGUUGAACACAAAGUUAUUGAUGGUGUAAAAUAUAGAGAUGAGUUGCUUGGUGUUAUGGCACAAUCCUUGUCAGUUGAUUCUAAAAAGCUCAAUUUGUUAUAUCUUCAAAAGUAUAUUGAACAAAAGCUUGAUGGUAGUCCUCUUGAUAAAAUCAAUCCAAAGAAGAAGGAUGACAAUUUGGUUGCUGUCAUUUAUGCCAGUGGAGCUAUUGUAAGAGGUAGACCAUCCAACCCUAGAGAUACCAACAUGAAUAGCAAUGUCAUUGUUGAUGCAAUCUAUAAGGCCAGAAAGGAUAAGGAAGUUAAGGUCAUUCUCAUCAGAGUUGACUCUCCUGGUGGUGAAGUCUCUGCUUCUGAAGUUAUUAGAAGAGAAAUUGAACUUGCUAGAACUGAAGAUAAAAAGAAGGUAGUUAUCUCUAUGGGUGGUUUGGCUGCUAGUGGUGGUUAUUGGAUCAGUUUACCAGGUGAUAAGAUUGUUUGCAAUCCUUUCACAAUUACAGGUUCAAUUGGUGUUAUCAUGGGUAAAUUGUAUUUGGGAGACUUUUUCUCAAAGAAACUUGGUGUUACCAAUGAUAGUGUAUCAACAAGCAAGAAUGCUGGUCUUUUAUCACAAUUUGAACGUGCUAAUGAUCAACAAAUGGAAAUAUUUAAUAAUCUUGCUGAUGAUUUUUAUGAUUCAUUCUUGGAAAAGGUUAGUGAAAGAAGAAAUAUUUCAAAGGAUGAUCUCAAGAAUAAUAUUGCAAAGGGUAAAGUCUAUCUUGGAAACUCUGCUAAGGCACUUAAUUUGGUUGAUAGUGUUGGCGAUUUUUAUGAUGCCCUCCAAGUUGCUAAGGAACUUGCUGGUAUGAAGAAUGAACCUCACAUUGUUGUCUUCCAUCCAAAGAAGAAAUCUGUAAUAGAGUCCCUUCUCAACACUCAAUCUCCAUCUAAUAGUAAGGAAAGAGCUCUCAAAUCCAAUGUUUCUAUUUUCGAACCAUUUACAUCAUUGUAUCAAUCAAUUUGUGGAUUCAUGAAGCUCACUAAUAUUUUCAUCAAGCACCAAAAUAUUAUUGAAAAGUACGCAAAGGUUAUUGAAAAGACCCAAGCAGUCAAUGGACAAGUAAGAUCAGAACUUGAUAUCAAUGUGGAAUUGUAAAUAAAUUUGCCAAAG